CUACAUUAAAAAAAUGGUAAAGUCAGUUUAUGUAAUUGACGUAGAGAGUGGAAACUUGCAGUCAUUGGCCAAUGCCAUAAAGCGUAUUGGGGAAUACGACGUCAAAUUCAUUCGUAAUGCGGAUGAUUUCGAACAGUAUGACAAUGACAUUGAAAAGCUCAUCUUUCCAGGGGUCGGAAACUAUGGACACUUCGUGAGGGAAAUGCAUGCGAGAAACUUAAUUAAACCAAUCAACAAGUACAUUGAUAGUGGAAGAUCAUUGAUGGGUAUUUGUGUUGGGUUGCAAGCAUUCUUUGACAGCUCAGAAGAAAGCCCAGGAGUGGAUUUUCGUGGAUUGGGUUUUUUAAAAUUGAGAUUAGCCAAGUUUAACAUUCAUGAUCCAAUAUUCGAAGAGAAAAAAUUAAAGAAGUCUGUUCCACAUAUCGGUUGGAACAGUAUAACCGAUAUCAAGAUUGGUUGCAACUCUUUAGAGAGGUCUAAAUCGUUAUACCAUAUCAACACAUUUAACAAAUAUUAUUUUGUUCAUUCCUACGCAGCUAUUAUAAAUGAUGAGAACAAACAUAUUUUGGAAAAGGCUUCUAAAGAGGGCUGGAACUUUGCAAUUGCAAGAUAUGGUUCAGAAAAAUUCCUAGCAGCAAUUAACUACAAGAAUUUCUUUGCAACUCAAUUUCACCCGGAAAAGUCUGGUUUGGCUGGCUUAAGGGUUAUAAAAUCUUUCUUAGAAAGUAUUCAGUUUGCCGAUGUUGAUAAAUCUAUCAUUCAAGAAGUUGUUGGAGUCGAGCAAUCCUUAGGUGGAACCACCAGAAGAAUCAUAGCAUGUUUAGACGUCAGAUCUAACGAUGAGGGCGAUUUGGUUGUCACAAAAGGUGAUCAAUACAACGUCCGCGAAACUGCCCUGAGUGAAAGCAAAGUUAGAAAUCUUGGAAAACCAGUUGAAUUAGCGACCAGAUAUUACAAUCAAGGUGCUGACGAAGUUACCUUUCUAAACAUUACCUCUUUCCGUAACUCUCCGUUAAAAGACUUGCCCAUGCUUCAAGUUUUGAGCAAAGCCGCUGAAACCAUUUUUGUCCCUUUAACAGUUGGUGGUGGUAUUAAGGAUAUGACAGACCCAGAAACCGGCAAAUUAGUGCCUGCGGUUAAGGUUGCUGAUUUGUAUUUCAGAUCUGGAGCAGACAAAGUUAGUAUUGGAAGUGAUGCUGUUACUAUUGCAGAAGAGUAUUAUGCAAAUGGAAAGCAAAAAACUGGCAAAACAUCUAUCGAAAGCAUUUCUGCAACUUUUGGUGCGCAAGCUGUGGUUAUAUCCGUUGAUCCAAAGAGAAAGUAUGCUGCUAGUCCGAUGGAAACCAAGAUGCAAACCAUAAAAAUUGUAGACCCAGCCAAGUUUGGACCUAAUGGCGAACAGUACUGCUACUACCAAGUUACUUCACAAGGAGGGAGAAAGGUCCACGAGUUGGGCGCUCUUGAAUUAUGUACCGCUUGCGAGGAAUUGGGUGCAGGUGAAAUAUUAUUGAACUCGAUCGAUCAUGAUGGGUCCAACAAGGGAUACAAUCUCGAAUUAUUGACUCAAAUCAAGAGCAACGUUUCCAUCCCAGUAAUUGCAAGUUCUGGUGCUGGUAAUCCGCAACAUUUCCAAGACGCUUUCGAAUUGGAAUGUGGAAUUGACGCUGCAUUGGGAGCAGGAAUGUUUCACAGAGGUGAAUACGAAGUCAAUGACGUUAAAAAGUAUCUUCAGACCAAUGGCAAGAUGGACGUUCGAUUAGAUGAAGAAGUAGAAUUAUAAAUCAUAUAAAUUUUGUAUAUAGUGCAGUCAUUAUCG